AUGCCACUCAUUCUCAUAUCUGGUUUCCCAUCAAGCGGUAAGACGCACCGCAGUGAGCAGCUGAAGGAGUACUUUGCGCAAAAGAUCGCCGAGUCAGAGGAUGCGCGCAUCUCCAAGCUCAAGAUCCACCAUUUGAACGACCAGAAGCUCGGCCUUGAUCGCGAUGUGUAUGCUGCUGCGCGCUCAGAAAAGGAUGCGCGCGCGACACUGUCAUCAGCCAUCAAGCGCGACUUGACGGCCAACUCGAUUGUCAUUGCCGACCACAUGAACUACAUCAAGGGCUUCCGCUACCAGAUGUUCUGCGAAGCAAAGGCCCAGCGCACCCCAAGCUGUGUGGUACACAUUGGAACGCCCGUUGAGAAAUGUCGUGAGAUGAACGCAAAAGCUCUGGAAGCCGGUACUGGUGGUUACCAAACUGAACUGUUUGAGAAUCUGGUGUUUCGCUAUGAAGAGCCCAACGGCAUGACUCGUUGGGAUUCACCCCUCUUCACUGUACCGUACGACGAUGAGACGCCGCCGCUAGAAGAGCUAUGGGAGACACUGGUCGGCGGCAAGGCAAAGGCUGUCAAACCAAACUCGGCUACAAUCUUGGCUCCUGUCACCGAGCAGAACUAUCUGUACGAGUUGGACAAGACGACGUCGGAUAUCGUCGCACAGAUCUCAUCCUGGCAAAAAGACCACCCUGGAGAGAGCGGUGGUGACAUCUCGGUCGCUGGUGUUGAGAAUGUCAUUGAGCUACCCGCCAAUCCUCUUGGUCUGCCGCAGCUACAGCGUCUGCGCAGGCAGUUCAUCAGCAUGAACCGUACUCAUAACUUGAGCAAGGAUCGGAUCAAGGACUUGUUUGUCGACUACCUCAACGACACUUUCCAGGCAGCAUGA